AUGGCCAUAUUCGAAAUCCACUUCUCAAUCAUCGAAAACUCUGGCGGUGGCGAGGGAUUUAUGAGCUCCGAGUUCCAACGCACCCUGGCGGUAGGGGAACGGCAGACACAUUCGCGGACGUCGUUUUCGAGUCAAAAGUCACCAGUAGUGAAUCGUCACGUUCGCAACACGCAAAGCAUUUAUCUCACUCGCAAUUAUCCUGGCUGCAGUAAACAGCAACAGAUUACUCUGUCACUGCGUACCCUCGCCGAAGCUUCAACAACAACUCGGACUUUAGGAUCUUCAACGCCACUUUGGUUGGGGGCAGGAUGCUGCCAACGCCAACUCAUUGUGGUUCAUUGA